UUACUCAUUAAGUGGUGAGCCAAGUUCUUCUCAGCACUCGUUCUCGUCUCCUCCUCUCUCUCUCGUUCUCUCUCUCUUUCUCACCAGGGCUCACACACAUUCACCACACACACACACACACAAACUACAAAAAAAGAAAAAACAAGACCAAAGCAGAAGUGGACAACAACACAGGGUUUCGGUCGCCGCGGUUGGCUAUGGCUCAGGGCUCGGACAGCAAUGGCACAAGCUACAAGUCCCCGUCACCUGGAAGCAGACCGAGCUCCUCAGACGACGCAAAGAAGGUGAUGCGGAGGGAGAAGAACCGGAUCGCCGCUCAGAAAAGCAGGAUGAGGCAAACCCAGAAAGCCGACAGCCUUCACCUGGAGAGCGAGAACCUGGAGAAGGAGAACGCCGCCCUGAGGAAGGAGGUGAAGCAGCUGACGGAGGAGGCCAAGUACCUGACGUCCGUGCUGAGCAGCCACGAGCCGCUGUGCACCGGCCUGGCGCCGCAGACCCCCGACCUCCUCUACCCUCCUCACCACGGCAGCUACCACCAGCACAUCGCUGUCCCACACUACCAGCCCUGACCCGCCCGACUAACCCAAGAUGUGCUGCGAAACAGACGACUGACCUCAAUGGAAAGAGACUGGAGAUGUGUCUAGAGAUGCCGAAUUGUAAAGAAAAAAGAAAAAACCUGAGCACAGAAUCUCCCAGUAUUCCAAACUAUUUAUUUAGCUUCUGCUCAAUGUUUUCUUUUUGACCAGUGACCUGUUUGUGACCUUCAUGAGGAGAUUUAUCAACCAGUCUUUGUUUACAUUGGGAGAAAUGACUGACCGAGUAUGUUUUAGGUGACUCAGGCUAUAUUUUUGUAAAUUGCUUAUUUUCAUCAUUCCGUCAUGUCUUGUGGGUUUUUUUCCCCCCCUCGUCGUUUUGUUUCACUGUGUAAAUGUUGAUCGACAUUGCUCAGGAGCUUCUGACCAAUUUGAAUGUGGACAAAGAGAAUGUAAAGUCAAGAUCCCUGUAAAAGAAAGGCUUACGUGCACCA